GAUGGCAGCGCUGGCGUCCUUGAUGCUAAAGUCUCGAGGAGGGCUGUUGGUACCUGCUCAGUCAUCUCUGCUGGACUCUCUGAGGUUUGCCAGUAAGAAAGCAGGAGGUAGCAGUAAGAACCUGGGAGGAAAGAGCCCAGGCCAGAGAUAUGGCUUCAAGAAACAAGAUGGAAACUUUGUCCAUGCAGGUAACAUCCUUGCAACACAGAGGAUGAUGAGGUAUCACCCAGGAGCUCACGUGGGGAUGGGAACCAACAAGACACUGUUCGCUAUGGAGGACGGUUACGUCAGGUUCACCAAGGAGGUCUAUAUCCCAGCACCACGCAACCCAGAGGUCACCAAGGUCAUCACCAAGCUGCCUAAAGGAGCUGUGCUUUAUAAGACCUUUAUCAGCAUCAUGCCAGUCAAACAGGAGGGUAAGUUUAAACUGGUGGACAUGGUCUGAAAGGGACUGGACUGUGAAGUCAUUCUUUGUCAGGAUGAAGCAGGAUUUGAUUUGGUGAAAAGACAUUAUGUGGAUCCUGGAGGACUGCAACAGCUUUGACUGAUAACAGGUGAUUUCACUGAUGAACACUGCUUCCAGUAGAGCAGAGGGAGCAAUCAGUGAUAUCAACUGUAGACCUGCAGACUCAUUCCUGUGACAUAUUAAACAUAAUGUACUGUGCUGGUUAAUAAAGAUUUUUAUGUGUA